AGAAACAAGUAAAAUGAUAGUCAACUUUGGAAUUAUUUAUUCUUUUUCAAAAAAGCCGCUUCUCUUGAACUGACAAAAGCAGCUCAAUGUAUUGACUUACAAUCAGCUGGUGAUUUAGAUAGAGUUUAAUUUAUCUUUAAUUACUUAAAUGGAAAACAUUGAGAUCUUAUUUGAAAGAUCUCCAAUCGAUCAAAUUGUUUUGGCCAAAAAUACUCUUUUGAAAGAAAAAGAGAAAAAGAAAGAUGAUCUUAAGUCGAUUCUUGGGGAAAAGUAUAAAGAUUUGAUUGUAAUCUCAGAUAAUUUAAAAGUGAUGGCUCUUACCUGUGAUAUUGUUGAAAAAUCACAAAAUCUGAAUAAGGCGAUCAAUCAUUUCAAAUCAAGAGAAAACCACAAACGCAAAAAUCAUACACUGGAAUAUGAUUUAAUGGUCAAAUCUAAAAUGAUUUUGAGAGCUCCAUCCAAGAUUUGGGAUUAUUUAGAUAAUAAUAAAAUAGAAUCAGCAAUUGGACACUAUUCACAAGUAUGUUGGGUUCUCGAAGAUUUGGAGAAAAUUUCCGAAAAUCAAUUAAAAGGGCCAAACAAGAUAGCUCAAUAUGGAACAAUUAUCAAGAAUUUCUCUUUCAUUUUGGUUGAACGAAUCACCAGAAAUAUUGAAUAUGUCGACCCACCUUGUGAUCAACACGAAAUCCGAUCAAAUUUAACUUGUUGUUCAAAUUUACUUUCUCUCAAACCUGAACAAUUAUUGGAAAUUUUUUUGGAAACACGAUUCCAACAAUUGGUUAAAUUGUUCGAUAAUCAAUUCGAAUCGACUUGUGCCAAUCUUUUUGGAAAUAUUUUCGAUACUUGCCGAUUGUCCUAUUUAGUGUUCAUUGAAGACAUGGAACUGGCCGAUUUUCUAUGUAAAUUAAGGGAAAUGGUCAACAAUUGGAUUGAAAGAAUUGUGAAAAAUAUUAUGCCUCGAUUCUAUGAAACUGUGAAUAAAGUUAAUUCAAUAGUCGUCUUGACGAGAUCCUUGGAUAGUGUCAACUCUCGACUGGAAUAUGGAAACUGGGAGCAAAUAAACGAAAUUUUAUUUGAUAAUAAAAUUAACAUUUGGAACUUUUUCCUGAAAAAGGUAACCAUGGAAGCGAUGAAAAAUUUAAUCACCUCUGGUCUGAACGAGGCUUAUUCAUCACUGGAAAAAUCGAUUGAAUCGCAAUUUACUAUCGAUAAAGAAACAGGUUUGAAAGUCGAUGUGGUUUGGAAAGAAGGAAAUUUCGAUCGGAAAGCUUUCGCUCUUUUCGAAGAGAACAUUAAAAUAUGUCAACCGUUUGGUGAAAAGAUUAAUAUGAUUUCGGAUCAAUUAUCGUUAAUCCAUCCAAAAGGACUGAUCCCUUGUAACGACAAACAGAGAUUACAAUCUUUUUUCACUUCAAUUUUAACAUCAAAGCUGGAAGAAUUCAUACGAAAGAAUAUUUGUCAAGAAAAUUCGAAGUUACUUGUGAUGGCCAAUAUUUAUCGAACUCUCGUAUUUGGAUGUGCUCAAUUUAAAAAUGUCCACAAUUUAUGGUCUCAUCAUGAAAUUGGUUGGAGUCGGUCUCGCCUUCUAUUACAAAAGACCUACAAUGAACUUUUCUUUGAUUAUUUUUCUCAACAAUCAACUGAUUUAAUCCAAGAUUUUUCUGAUCAAAUGAAUUUUAUAAGCUUGGAAAAAUUUUUGGAAAUGUACUCCAAUUGGGAAGAGCUUCCAAUUGACCAAAUGGUCUCAACAACAAUUCCGGUUCGAGCUUCCAAUCCGCUAUAUCAAUUAUUAAGGAAGCUGAACAGCGAAAUCAAUGCGGUUGGUGCUCAUACUAUGAACAAAACAAUCAUCAAAAAUGUAUUAAUGGAGAUCAUGUUGAAGCUCAUCAAUCUCUAUGACAAAACGCUGGCGAGAAUAGUUGUGGAUGUGCCAAAGAAUAUUCAAAAAAAACAAAUAAUUCAAUUGAAUUUCGAUAUUCUCUUUAUAAAUGAAUUGGCUUCUCUGGAUCAAUCAACUAUUGAAAUUAAGGAGAAAUUGCAAAAUAUGAUUGACCCUUUUGAUUAUCAUAUUAUGGAACCUCAUAUUUCAUCGUCAAUUCUGAAAUAUAAGAAGAAUAAUCAACUUAUAUUUAGUAAUUUGAUUGAUCAAUCAAAAAUUGUUUCCUCGUCCCUUUCCAAACAAUCAACUGUUAAAACUGAUUCUUCGAAUCCUAUGAUAAUCCAUUCUUUAAACUUCGAGUUACCAACUCUACAAAUUUUGAAAAGUAAAAUUAAUUUGUAAAAAUUAAUGGAUUCGAAAGAGAAAAACUUACCACCAACAAUGAUAAAUUGGACAUUGAUGAUUUCGCGACUGUUAGUCUUUUUCUUCUCAAUAUAAAUUAUUUUGUUUAACGAAA